ACCGUCACCAUGUGCACUCCUCUUCUUCCUCUCUAUAAAAGCUUGAACCUUUUACUCUUACAAAACCAUCUCCACAACCUUAACAUAUUCCCUUCUCGAAAUUCUCUUUUCUCUCCUCGAAUUACGCAAACCCCUCUUCCUAUAUCUCCCACGCUUUCAAAGAUUUGCUCAGUCAAGUUCCAAACUUGCACCUCAAGAUCAUUUCUUUCUUCAAUUCUAAUUCAUGGGUGUUCAUUGAUUCAGUGAUAUAAAGUGUUGAUCUUCGUUUUCACGGUGUUUCUGUUACGAUGGAGCUUAUUUCGGGUCUACCCGAGGACGUAGCCCGAGACUGUCUGAUUCGGGUUUCGUAUCAGCAGUUCUCUACCGUGGCGUCGGUGUGCAAAGGGUGGAAGACGGAGGUUCAGAUGCCGGAGUUUCGCCGUCAACGGCGGAGCACGGGGCACUCACAGAAGGUCCUAGUCAUGGUUCAGGCACGGGUUGAACCGGAGAAAAGCGGAACCGGUUCGACAAAGCGUUUGACGAACCCGGCUUACCGUCUCAGCGUAUUCGAACCGGAAACGGGUGAUUGGAGCGAAUUACCGCCACCACCCGGAUUCGGGUCAGGGUUACCCGUUCUGUGUCAGUUGGCGGAUGUCGGGUACGACCUGGUUGUAAUGGGCGGGUUAGACCCGGAUUCGUGGAAAGCUUCAAAUUCGGUUUUCAUAUAUAAUUUCUUGUCGGCGAAGUGGCGCCGUGGGACCCACAUGCCGGGUGGACCCCGCACGUUCUUCGCUUGCGCGUCGGAUUCCGACCGGACGGUGUUCGUCGCCGGCGGACACGACGACGAGAAGAACGCGCUGAGGUCGGCGUUGGCGUACGACGUGGGGGCGGACAAGUGGGUCCCGCUGCCGGAUAUGGCGGCGGAGCGCGACGAGUGCAAGGCGGUGUUUCGCCGCGGGAGGUUCGUCGUCGUCGGUGGUUACCGGACGGAGAUGCAGGGAAGGUUCGAGCGGAGCGCGGAGGCGUUCGAUGCUGCCACGUGGAAAUGGGACAUUGUGGAUGACGAUUUCUUGGAUUGCGCCACGUGUCCGAGGACAUUCGUGGACGGUGGCGAUGGAGACGAGAGGGUGUUCAUGUGCAGCGGCGGUGAGUUAAUGGCAAUGCAGGGGGACACGUGGCAGAAGUUAGCAAAGGUGCCGGAUGAGAUACGCAACGUGGCGUACGUUGGAGCGUUCGAUGGGGUAGUGUUGUUGAUUGGGUCAAGCAGCUUCGGUGAAUCGCACAUGGGUUUUGUGUUUCAUGUGAAGAGUUGUAAUUGGAGAAAAUUAGAUACCCCAGAAUGGUUUAGGGGUCAUGUCCAAACCGGUUGCAUUUUGGAGAUUUAGGAAAUUUGGUUUUUGAAUUUUCCACAUGAACAUGGUAUAGUAUUUGUAGAAAUUAUAUCACAAGGUAUUUAUAAUAGUUUUGAUAUUAAAAAGGGUAUUGGGAAAAAAAAGUUUAGUGCUCUAGUAAAUACAAUGGACCAAUGAGAGUGUGUUAUAUUAGCUGAUAUUUUUUUUAAAAAGAGAGAAAAAAAUUAAUUUUAAUACUUUACGUACUUCCUAAAUAUGGGAAUUAUAUAGUUUAAAUAAAAUCUGUAAUUAUACCUAGUUGUAAGUAUCCCGGGGAAAGUUCUCUCCUAAUAUGUAGAGCUGGCAAAAUGGGCCGAGUCCGCCAGACCGGCUUGCCCCGUCCGCCAAACGGGGUGGGGCGGGUUGAGUUUUCUAAACCCGCUGCCCGACAAGUCUGUCAGCUCGCCCGGGCUGAUUUUUUUUUUUUUUUAAAUUUUAGUGUAAAAUGUGAUGGGCUUGGCGGGCAGCCCGUUCCGCCCGCCCAAACGGGACGGGGCGGGCUGAGAUAUCUAGCUCACCUUUAAUGGUGGGGCGAGGCGGGCCAGCCCACUU